AUGAAUGGUGUAACCCUGACCAUGGCUGAUGAAAUAAAAAUUGUUCAGGAAAACGGGGGUGACGCACCCCCGAAAUCGGCCAAGCAGCUCGCCAAGGAAGCCGCCAAGCAGGCGAAACUGGACAAAUUGAAGCAGAAAUUGGAAAAACAGCAAAACGCGCCGCCGAAAAAAGACAAGGAAGAGAAAAAAGAAAAGAAAAAGGAAGUUAAGGAGGCUGCAACUUACGAUAUUCCCACGGAAGAAGGCGAGAAAAAAGAUACUCUUUCGCCCUUACCUGAUGCUUACAGCCCAAAAUACGUUGAAGCAGCUUGGUACACUUGGUGGGAAAAACAGAAGUUUUUCAAACCCGAGUAUGGAAGAAAAUCAAUAUUGGAAGACAAUCCGAAAGGUAAAUUUGUUAUCGUCAUUCCCCCUCCGAAUAUCACUGGUUACCUUCAUCUAGGCCAUGCUCUAACCAAUUCAAUACAAGACUGCAUUACUAGAUGGCAUAGAAUGCGAGGUGAAACAACCCUCUGGAACCCUGGUUGUGAUCAUGCUGGUAUUGCUACCCAAGUUGUGGUGGAGAAGAAAUUGUGGAGAGAAGAAAAGAAGACCAGGCACGACAUCGGAAGGGACAAUUUUGUGCAGAAAGUGUGGAAAUGGAAGGAAGAAAAAGGUGUAAGGAUUUACCAUCAGUUGAAGAAGAUGGGUUCAUCUUACGAUUGGGAACGCGCCGCAUUCACCAUGGAUCCUAAGCUAUGCAAAGCUGUAACCGAAGCUUUCGUUAGACUGCACGAAGACGGAACGAUUUAUCGAUCUAACAGACUCGUAAAUUGGUCUUGCACAUUAAAAUCCGCUAUUUCUGAUAUCGAGGUGGAUAAAGUGGAGAUACCCGGGAGAACUUUCCUCUCUGUACCGGGAUACGAGGAAAAAGUCGAAUUCGGGGUGCUGGUACAUUUCGCUUAUCAAGUCGAAAAUUCCGAUGAAAAAUUAAUCGUAGCAACCACUCGAGUGGAAACUAUGUUGGGAGAUACUGCCGUUGCUGUGCAUCCCAAAGAUGAGAGAUACACUCAUUUACAUGGAAAGUACGUCAUCCAUCCGUUUUGCGAUAGAAAGCUACCGAUUGUUGUAGACGAUUUCGUGGAAUUAGGAUUCGGUACUGGAGCCGUAAAAAUCACCCCCGCCCACGAUCCUAACGAUUACGAAGUAGGAAAACGGCACAAUUUACCUUUCAUCACUAUUUUCGAUGAAGAAGGCGUCAUUAUCGGAGACUAUGGAAGAUUUACAGGGAUGAAACGGUUUGUGGCUCGAAAAGAAAUCGUAAACGAGUUGAAACAAAAAGGUCUUUACAUAGAAACUAAAAAUAAUCCGAUGGUUGUUCCCAUUUGUAACAGAAGCAAAGAUAUCGUCGAGCCCAUGCUCAAACCGCAAUGGUAUGUGAGCUGUUCGGAUAUGGCGAAAAAGGCCAUUCAGGCUGUGAACGAUGGCGAUUUGAAGAUAAUUCCGGAAAUGCACGUGAAAACUUGGCACCAUUGGAUGGAGGGCAUCAGAGAUUGGUGCAUUUCCAGGCAACUCUGGUGGGGACAUAGGAUUCCCGCCUACUUCGUAACUGUUAAGAACAAACCACAGCAUAAACUCUCACCAGGAGGCGACGACGGUGAUUGUUGGGUAUCGGGUAGAACGUACGAAGAAGCUCUACAAAAAGCCACGAAGAAAUUCAAUACAACGCCGGAAAAUCUCGAAUUGUCUCAAGACGUUGACGUUUUAGACACGUGGUUUUCCUCAGCCCUGUUUCCGUUUUCGAUAUUCGGUUGGCCAGAUAACACCGAAGACCUCCAAGCUUUCUACCCGACGUCCUUAUUAGAAACGGGCCACGACAUUCUGUUCUUUUGGGUAGCUAAAAUGGUGUUUAUGGGCCAGAAAUUACUGGGAAAACUGCCGUUUAAGGAAAUCUACCUUCAUCCGAUCGUUCGCGACGCGCACGGAAGGAAAAUGAGCAAAUCGCUGGGCAACGUGAUCGAUCCCAUGGACGUCAUAACCGGUAUAGCGCUGGAUGACCUCCACAAGCAAUUGUACGACAGCAAUUUGGAUCCGAAGGAAAUCGACAAAGCCAAGCAGGGCCAGAAGCAGGAUUAUCCGGACGGGAUACCGGAAUGCGGUACUGACGCUUUGCGAUUCGCCCUAUGUGCAAUGUGCUACGGACGAGACAUUAAUCUAGACAUCCUCCGCGUUCAAGGCUACAGAUUCUUCUGCAACAAAAUAUGGAAUGCUACAAGAUUCGCUUUAACGUAUUUCUCUACCAAUUUCCGAGCGCCCGAUGAUAACAAACUAAUCGGCAACGAAAGUUUAAUGGAUUUGUGGAUGCUGAGCCGACUGUCCACUGCCAUUACCGAUGCCAAUAGAGGUUUCAGCAACUACGAUUUUUCUACCAUCACCACAGCUAUUUACAACGUGUGGCUGUACGAACUUUGCGACGUAUAUUUAGAAACCCUCAAACCGGUGUUCGCUGGCGACGACGAAGAGGCCAAAAACACGGCUCAAAUUACGCUGUUUCGAGCCUUGGACGUGGGGCUUCGCUUACUUUCGCCUUUCAUGCCUUUUAUAACGGAAGAGCUGUAUCAGAGAUUGCCGAGACCGGCGAAACAGGCGAAAGAAGUUCCCAGCAUAUGCGUGGCUUCGUAUCCGAACGAAAAGGAGUACAGGUGGAAGAAUGAAGAUAUCGAAGACGAGGUGGAUUUCGUGCAGAGAGUGGCGAAAAGUAUCCGAUCCGCCCGCAGCGACUACAAUCUACCUAACAAAACCAAAACCGAAGCUUAUGUCCAAUGUGAUGAUGAAAUGACGGCGGAUAUCAUCACGAAUUAUAGUUUGGCGUUGCAAACUUUGGCGUAUUGUUCGAAAACGCUUGUCAACGAACAACCCCCCGACGGUUGUACUAUUUUGACCAUAUCGGAUAAAUGCCAAGUCUAUUUAUUGUUAAAAGGACUCAUAGAACCUUCCAAGGAGAUCGCCAAAAUUCAGAAGAAAUUGGAUUUCCUGCAAACCACCAGAGAGAAGUUGAACAAAACCAUCGGUGCUGCCGAUUACGAAUCGAAAGUGCCGGAGGAAGUAAGACAAUCUAAUGACGAUAAAUUGAAUCAAACCAGCGCGGAGAUAUCGCGACUGGAAGCCGCUCUCAGUUCGCUGAGGUUAAUGUAA